GGCUCUGUGGUGCGCUCCUCCAGCCCCUCCCCCUGCCCCUCCUUCCUGGUGGUCCUGUGCUCCAGAAGUCCCUCCGACCCUCAGCUGCUGUCAGACCAACGGAGCCAUGCUGCUGCUGAAGCUGUGCGGCUGGAUCCUGGCCCCCCUGUGGGGCCCUCACCUGUGUUGGGCUUUUGUCUUUGGGCGACCCAAGCGUUCAGGAGAAGAUGGGACUGCAGCCAGGGCAGAGGCACGCUCCGGGGUCCAGUACAUACCAACCUCUGGCUCCUGCAGGAACCGCUGCUUUGAGCUGCUGGAGGCGGAGCCCCCAAACUGUCGCUGUGACAACCUGUGCAGGACAUACAACAGCUGCUGCUCCGACUUCAGCACCCUCUGCCUGCGGACAGAGGGUGGCUAUGAGUGCAGCAAGGAUCGAUGUGGCGAGACCCGAAACGAGCAGCACGCCUGCCACUGCUCCGAUGACUGCCUUGCCAGAGGAGACUGCUGCACCAACUACAAGAAACUCUGCAGAGGAGAAACUCCAUGGCUGCAGGAUGACUGUGAGGAAAUCAAGGCCCCUGAGUGUCCUGCCGGGUUUGUGCGUCCACCGCUCAUCAUCCUAUCGGUGGAUGGCUUUAGAGCUUCCUACGUGAAGAGAGGGAACGCUGUCAUGCCCAACAUUGAAAAACUCCGAACCUGUGGGACCCAUGCCCCCUACAUGAGGCCUGUUUAUCCCACUAAAACCUUCCCCAACCUCUACUCAAUAGCAACUGGUCUGUAUCCAGAGUCUCAUGGCAUCGUUGGGAACUCCAUGUAUGAUCCAAUAUUUGAUGCAACAUUUAACCUGAGGAGCAAAGAGAAACUGAACCAUCGCUGGUGGGGAGGACAGCCGGUAAGUCUCUGCAGAGCUGCAAUGGUUUUCUUUAAUGGUACCCAGUGGUCGCUAUGGAAACCCUUUACUGGGCUGUGCUCUGUUCUGCUAACUGGACCUGAUACUAAAAUCAGAGAGGAACACAUGCUCUGUGUGUCUGUGUACCGUAGGGCCAUUCCUCUGGAGAGGAGGAUCCUGACCCUGCUGCAGUGGCUCCACCUCCCUGAAUCCCACAGGCCCGACGUUUAUGCCAUGCACUCUGAGCAGCCGGACACCUAUGGACACAAAGUGGGCCCAACCAGCACAGAUUUGAACAAUCCUCUGAGGAUGGUCGACCGGAUCGUGGGCCAGCUGAUGGACGGACUCAAACAGAUGAAACUGCACCGGUGUGUCAACAUCAUCCUGGUGGGAGACCACGGUAUGGAAGAGGCUCACUGCGAGCGAACAGAGUUCCUUAGUAACUACCUGAGCACAGUGGAAGACAUUAUCCUGAUACCCGGCUCUCUUGGCAGAAUCCGCUCCAGAUUUCCCAGCAGCCUCAGAUAUGAUCCCAGGGCUGUAGUUGCCAAUCUAACGUGUCGGAGGCCAGAGCAGCACUUUAAGCCAUACCUGAAACAGCAUCUGCCCAAAAGACUGCACUACGCCAACAAUCGGCGGAUUGAGGACAUUCACCUGCUGGUAGACAGGAAGUGGCAUAUAGCCAGGAAGGUCCCUGAGGGGAGGAGGCCCUGCGGCUUCUCAGGGGACCAUGGAUACGACAAUAAGAUCAACAGUAUGCAGACUAUUUUCCUGGGCUACGGACCCAACUUUAAAUUCAAGACCAAAGUUCCUGCCUUUGAAAACAUUGAGCUUUAUAAUGUCAUGUGUGAUCUCCUGGGUCUGAAACCGGCUCCUAACAACGGAACCCAUGGGAGUCUGAACCACCUGCUGAGAAACCCCCCCUUUAGGCCCACCGUGCCAGGGGAGGUGUCCCGGCCGUCCGCCUCCAAUCUGGUUCCCCUGGUGACCGAUGACCUGGGCUGCAGUUGUGAUGAAAAGAACAAAGUGGAGGAGCUAAACCGGCGAUUGAGGCAAGCAAUUGAUGACAGCAGGAACCUGCCCCAUGGACGCCCUGCUGUCCUCUUCAGGGCCAAAUACAGCGUCCUCCAUCACAGCGACUACAUCAGCGGAUACAGCGAGACUCUCCUCAUGCCGCUCUGGACGUCCUACACUGUCAGCAUACAGGUAGAGUCGUCUCCUCUGCCUGAAGCUCUGACCAACUGCCUCAGGCCGGACGCCCGAGUCCCGCCCGCCUCCAGCCAGUCCUGCUCCACAUACAGAGCAGAGAGACACGUGACGUACGCGUUCCUCUACCCGCCACAACUGUCCUCAACGCUGGAGAAGAAGCAGGAAGCUGUCCUCGUCACCAACACUGCGCCCAUGUAUCCUGCCUUUAAGAGGAUAUGGACCUACAUCCAGAGGGCACUGGUGAAAAAAUACGCCACAGAGAGAAACGGAGUCAACGUUCUGGUUGGACCGAUAUUUGACCACAACUAUGAUGGCGUCAGAGACUCGGCGGAGACCAUCAGAGACUGGUCCAGUGGAACCAUCGCCGUCCCAUCCCAUUACUUCCUGGUUCUGACCAGCUGCCUGGACUUCUCCCAGCCAGCAGAGUCCUGCAGCGGCCCGCUGAGCAGCGCCGCCUUCAUCCUGCCUCACAGACCGAGUAACGAGGAGACCUGCAACAGCUCUGAGGACGAGUCCCGCUGGGUGGAGGACCUGAUGAAGAUGCACACGGCUCGGGUCAGAGAUGUGGAGCUGCUCACAGGACUGGACCUGUACCGAAGAACCGGCCGCAGCUACGCCGAGAUCCUCUCCUUAAAAACAUACAUGCACACGUAUGAGAGCGAGAUCUGACCUCUGACCUCUGCUGCUGUGGGGAACGGAUGUGGAACCAGGAGGUCCUCUGUGGACCAGCUGCGCUGCUUUCAUCUCCAUCCGGUUUCAUCCAGUUCACUGAGCCUCCUGCUGGGAUGAAGAACUAAAUCCUUCAUCUGCCUGCUUCAUGCGGUCUGACUGGUUCUAUCUGAGGGAUUUUUCAGCCUGACAGGAAAUCAGCUUUUUAUGUUUCUGGUUCCUCUAAUGGGAUCAGUGGAGGGUCACUGAUUUAACAAGAGGCGUGAUUACUUUUCCACAGAUUGGUUUGGAUGCUUCAUUAAUGAAAUUAUUAAUUAACAGUGUUUUUACUCAGCCUGUAUCCGUCUGGAUAUUAGCGUCAGUGGGACAAAACAUCCAUGAUGCAAAAACAUAAAAAACCAGAAAGAAAAAUUCUGCAAUUAAAAAACUGAUCAAAAACAAAAAGAAAAGAUUAAAAGUUUGUUCAGCAGCAGAACGUCUGCAGCAG